AUGCGCAUCAGUGACACAACAAAAAAAAAAUUAUCUCAAUACAAUGUCGAUCCUAGUGAAACAUCAGUUUCUGGUUUAUCUUCUGGUGCAUUUUUUGCUACUCAAAUACAAGUUGCAUUUUCAGCCACUAUAAAAGGUGCUGGAAUAGUAGCAGGUGGUCCAUAUGAUUGUGGAGCUCAAAUGAGUUACACAAGUUGUAUGUACACGAGCACUCCACCUAUAGCUAAGUCAAUUUCAAAUACAAUGUCAUGGAGUAGUAACAAAAUCGACAACAUUGAAAAUCUUGCAAAGCACAAAGUUUAUAUGAUUUCUGGAACUUCGGAUUCAACUAUUGGUACUUCUGUAAUGAAUCAGUUAUAUAAAUAUUAUGUGACUGACGGUCAAUUCAUUCCGAGUGCAAAUGUGGUGUUUAAGAAAGACUUGCAAUCGGCACAUACUUUCCCAACUGAUUUCGACAGCGCUGGUAAUAAUGGUUGUGGAUCCACGAGUAGUCCUUAUAUAAGUAAUUGCGGUUUUGAUGGAGCAGGAGCUAUACUCGAACAUAUUUACGGUCCUUUGAAACCAAGAAAUAAUGGAGUACUCAGUGGAAAAUUUAUUGAAUUUAGUCAAGCAGAAUUUCUGACUAAUCCAAGAAGUUCUGGAAUGAGCGAUACAGCGUGGAUUUAUGUACCUAAAAGCUGUGCUGAUGGACAGACCUGUAAAUUACAUAUAGCCUACCAUGGAUGUGCACAAGGGUAUGAAAAAGUUGGUGAUAAAUUCGUUAAAAAUACAGGAUACAAUCGUUGGGCUGAUACCAAUAAUAUCAUAGUUUUAUAUCCACAAGCAAUAGCUACAAAUACAAUAAGCAUGGGAGGUGGAGCAUCACUUCCAAAUGCGAAUGGAUGUUGGGACUGGAUUGGAUGGUAUGGAAGUGAUUUUGACGUUAAAAGUGGUAAACAAUCGACUACUACGAAAAAAAUGAUUGAUCGUAUAACGAAUGGUUUCAAUCCAAUCGAUGCACCGGCAGGACUUGAUGUCACUGGUACUACAGACAAUUCAGUUUCUCUUGUAUGGAGACAAGUUUCAGGUGCAAGCGGUUAUAAUGUUUACAGAAAUGGUGAUAAAGUCAACAAUGGACUAAUCAAUGGCAUCAUAUUUACAGACAAUAAUUUGAAUUCUGGUACAACCUAUACAUAUACUGUAAAAGCUGUUUCAUCAACAGGCGCUGAAAGUACAUCUUCAAAUUCAGUUAGUGUUAAAACAACAGGUGAACCACCAGCUAUAGAAGCACCAAACGGCUUAACAGUUACUGGCGUUACUUUUAAUUCUAUUACUUUACAAUGGGAAUCAGCUACAGGCGCACAAAAAUACAAUGUUUAUCGUAAUGGAAAUAAGCUGGUGGAUGUUGGUAUUACAUCGUAUACAGAUACCGGCUUGAAUUCUGCAACUGAUUAUCUAUAUCAAGUUUCAGCCGUAAAAGACUCACAAGAAAGUCCAAAGUCCAACGAAGUCAAAGCUACAACACUUGCAGAGAAGAUCUGUUUCAAAGACAGUAAUUAUAAUCAUGUAACUGCUGGAAGAGCUUAUCACAGUUCAGGCUAUGCAUAUGCUAUUGACAUCAAUAUUCCAACUAGUUCUGAUCGUACACCACUUCGUCGACAUCAAUGCUUUAAAAAACAUGAACUUCAAAUACUUCAUCAAAGCUACAUUCAAGAUUCAUAUCCAUCCAUCGAUGUUCUUCAACAAUUAGCUUUACAAUUGAAUGUUUCUGUUGAGAAAGUUCGUCAAUGGUUCAAGAAUCGACGUCAUAGUGAUAAGCAGAAGAAGCGAACAACUACACAUGAACAUUGA